CAGUCCCUGGCGGCGAUGAGACAGAGCGGCGCCUCCCAGCCCCUGCUGAUCAACAUGUACCUGCCAGAUCCCGUCGGAGACGGUCUCUUCAAGGAAGGGAAGAGCCCGGGGUGGGGGCCUCUGAGCCCCGCGGUACAGAAAGGCAGCGGGCAGAUCCAGCUGUGGCAGUUCCUGCUGGAGCUGCUGGCGGACCGCGCGAACGCCGGCUGCAUCGCGUGGGAGGGCGGCCACGGCGAGUUCAAGCUCACGGACCCCGACGAGGUGGCGCGGCGCUGGGGCGAGCGCAAGAGCAAGCCCAACAUGAACUACGACAAGCUGAGCCGCGCGCUGCGCUACUACUACGACAAGAACAUCAUGAGCAAGGUGCACGGCAAGCGCUACGCCUACCGCUUCGACUUCCAGGGCCUGGCGCAGGCCUGCCAGCCGCCCCCCGCGCACGCCCACGCCGCCGCCGCUGCCGCCGCCGCCGCCGCCGCCGCCCAGGACGGCGCGCUCUACAAGCUGCCGGCCGGCCUCGCCCCGCUGCCCUUCCCUGGCCUCUCCAAACUCAACCUCAUGGCCGCCUCGGCCGGCGUCGCGCCCGCCGGUUUCUCCUACUGGCCGGGCCCCGGCCCCGCCGCCACCGCCGCCGCCACCGCUGCGCUCUACCCCAGCCCGGGCUUGCAGCCCCCGCCCGGGCCCUUCGGCGCCGUGGCCGCCGCCUCGCACUUGGGGGGCCAUUACCACUAG